AUGGAAGCUCUUUCGCCCCGAUCGACCAAUCUAACGAUAAAGCCGAAGGCUUUGCCAGACCAUAAGAUGACCGACAAACGUGCCGUUCCAGUGACCCAAAAACCUUCCUCCACCUCGAAGAAUCAUGCCGAUCCACCACCAUCAAGGGUGACAGAACCCGAGGAAGAUGGAGAGGAUUACAUUAUUGGAGGCUUUCUGGGGAAGGGCGGCUUCGCGGUGUGCUACGAGGGAACAUUAGCCCGCAAUGGUCGCGUCUUUGCAAUGAAAGUUGUCAAGUCGCACAUGCCUCAGAAAAAGAUGGAAGAAAAGUUUCGCACAGAGCUCCAGAUUCACUCGAAAAUGCGCCACCCUUUCAUCGUUCAAUUCUACCGGGCCUUCGCCUUCAAACAGAGCACAUACGUCGUUCUCGAACUGUGUCCGAACGGAUCGGUCAUGGACAUGGUCCGGAAGCGCCGCUGUCUCAGCCUGCCCGAAGUACGACGUUUCAUGAUCCAGCUAUGUGCGGGUGUGAAAUACCUGCAUAAACGUUUCGUGGCGCAUCGAGACCUGAAAAUGGGAAAUUUGUUCCUCGAUCGCAAUAUGAAUAUAAAGAUUGGAGAUUUCGGAUUGGCAGCAAUGAUUCUCUCAGACAAGGACGCGAAGAGACGAAAUACAUUAUGCGGCACACCAAAUUACAUCGCACCUGAAGUUCUUGACAAGAGUAAAGGAGGCCACACUCAGAAAGUCGAUAUUUGGUCGCUCGGUGUCAUUUGUUUUGCAAUGCUCACCGGCUUUCCACCCUUUCAAUCAAAAACACAGGAAGAAAUCUAUAAAAAGGUUCGGAGCUUGACUUACGUGUGGCCUAAAGAGUCGGAGAGCACCAACUUCAUUCCGGAGGAGGCGAAGGAUCUAGUCAGUGCUUGUUUGAAUUUGGUCGAUGAGGAACGUCCAGACCCCGACGACAUUGUGGAACAUGCUUUCUUCAACAUGUACGAUGGCUGCAUUCCCCGACAACUGGACCCGGCAUGUCGAUUCAACAAGCCAAUAUGGCUGAAAGAUCAAUCGCCCCGUGGUGACUGCAUGGUCAACGGAUACGGACUGGACUUUGACGAGAAGCUUCGCGCGUACAUUCAACAAGUCGAUGAUCCGACUCAACGUUACCACUCAUGCAGGGCGGCAUUCUAUUCAUUGUGCGGCGUGGGGAGGAAGCCAGAUGGGACGGCUCGCAAGUCGGUAGGCAGGAACUGCUCCAAAUCGGCAUACUCGGAGUGCGAGACCGAGGACGCCAGAGGUCUAAGACCCGAAGUGCCGCUACCAACAGACUUUGUGUACCGUUGGCCUCAUGAGAUUGAAGGCGAUUGGUGCCACAUGGAGAGUUCUCGAAAAACGCUGCGUACCGAAGAUCGCGGACUUGACGACAGCGCAGUGUCCGGACGCAGCCUUUCCCUUCGCUCGAAAGCCGUUGCAAGCUCUCGAACAAACGUGGCGCUGGCAGCUGCACAACAACGCCGAAUGGAGGGUCAAAAUCACGCCGCCACCCUGCGACAACAGGCUCGCCCUGGUAUGGCCUCAGUUCGACGAGCACCGGUUGUGGUGGAGUUUCCAGAUCCCACCGCAAGACUGAUUCGUGAUACAGUGGAGCUUGAUCCUGCGGCCUCCGUGCAUUCGAAUGUACCAGCUGGUGGUCUUGCAGAACGGCCCAUUCGUGCGCGAAGAAUGGUCUCUGCAUCGAAUGCCCCUACAACUCGUGAAAUGAUUGCCCCUCCGCUGGCCAAAUCGACAAGUAUGCCAUCCGGGCUUACAAUAGGGAAGACCAGAUCGCAGUCGCGCAGACUAGAGGCCGCCAAUCAAGGCUUGCAGUCUGCCGUGCCGACCAGCGAGAGCAGAAUGCCAGCAAUUGCUGAGCAAAGUCGUACUGUCAGUCGGCAGGGCUCACUUCGAUCCGCGUCGCGUCCUGAUUCGAGAACUGCAGCGGGACGAGCAGAGCCAUCAAAACCCAGCUCGACUGAAUCUGCUCUCUCGUUUAGCCAGAACACUAAAUCAUUGACUCCGAUGGACGGUCUCACUCGAACUGAUAGCAGGUCGCAAAGGGCACGCUCUAGUCUGGGUCUCAGUCCACUUUUUCAUCACGAUGAUGUCUGUCAUGACCUGCCAGGCACUUCAUUAUCCGACGUCAACAACAGCUUGCGAAUUAUGUUGACAAAUCUUGUCAACCAAGGACCUACUCGUCGCCGGGUUGGUUCGAGGAAGCAACCUCACGCAUAUGUGAUCAAGUGGGUAGAUUACACCAAUCGCUAUGGAAUCGGGUACGUUCUGGACGAUGGCAGUGUGGGAUGCGUGUUCAAGGGGGAAAAUGGUCGACCGGCAACCAGCGUGGUCAUUCGAGAUGGGGAGAGGCAUAUUCGUCGCAAAGCACGCAGUGUCGACACAUCAGAGGAGAAGGGCGUCCCUUAUUCAGAGGCAGAUCAACUUGUCCCUCGAGCUGGCGCACCGAUUGAAUUUUACGAGAAUCGCGACGAUAGCUUACUAGGCUGUCGCGGCAUUCGACGUGCCGUGAUCGACACAUCACUUUUCGACGCGCGAACGUCCAGGGUCAUGAAGCUCCGUGCCACGUCUGGCUCCGAAGCAGAACGCUCUGAUCUUGAAAAGAUCAAGCGAGUGAAGCUGGUGGAUCAAUUCGGCAAAUACAUGAUCGGGUCGCUGGGCCGCCACGGUGAUGAAGGGAUGGGUGAUGAACUGCCAACACCUAGCAGUGGGCAAUUCAUCAAAUUCUACCAACGACUCGGAAAUGUCGGAAUCUGGGGCUUUGGGGAUGGUGCUUUCCAAUUCAACUUUCCUGAUCAUACGAAGCUCGUAAUUGCACCCGGACGCACUCGCAGCUCCUCCCCUUGGAUUGACUUCUAUCAUCUCUCGCCUUCUGCUGCACGUUACUUUACGGCGAAAGGGAAGAUGCAUCCAGCGGGGUUCGACACUCGCGCUGUGGCUUCAGACGAAGCAGCGACUUUCUUGAGUAUCGCCAAUGGGGAGUCUCUCAAUUCCGUCGAGGAUCGCAUUCGUGAAAUUCUGGAGGCCAACUCUUUCCUGCAAAAAAUCGAUUUCAUCCGAGAUGUGCUGAAAGAUUGGAUCAGAUACGGGAGACUGGGCGGUCGUCCACCGUGCGUGUCUGCAUCCGGAGAAGAACUGACGCCAACGGAGAUGUUCUGGCAAGGAACACAGGAUCGCGUAUCCGGUGGAAGCAACGGGACCAAGUUCGUCUGGGUGACUGUUGGAGCGCCGGAUGGAGAUGGUGUGUAUCGAUCGAUCGUGCUCAAGGACUUGGAGAUGGAGAGGGCCAACAAAGGAGUGGGCACUAGUCUUGAUCGUGAAAUGGAUGCCCUCAAGGAACGAUUGAGAGUUCUGGGCCGCGAAUGA